UGGUGGUAUCGUUUUGAUUAGGGUAGACUGGUGGAUCAAUUGAGAGACAUGGAGAUAUUUGUCGAAUUGGAUGAGAAGAAGUUGUUGGAAUGCUGCGGAAGCAGCCAAUUCGCCAAGGAGAUGGCCUUGGCGUCUCCUUUUUCAUCUUUAGAUCAAGCCAUCUCUGCCGGCCGACACAUCUGGUUCGAUAAGGUUGACGUGAAUGGGUGGCUUCAAGCAUUUUCUGCUCAUCCUCAGAUCGGUCAAUCCACUUCAUCAGAGUGGAGUAAAGGAGAGCAAUCCACUGCUUUUGCCACUGCUACUGAUUCUACUUUGCGGGAACUAGCCGAUUGGAAUGCUCGCUAUAUGCAUAAAUUUGGGUUUAUAUUUAUUAUAUGUGCAUCUGGAAGGACUACUGGGCAAAUACUUGCUGAAUUAAAGAGACGAUAUUCAAACAGGCCCAUCAUUGAGUUCGAAAUCGCUGCUCAGGAACAAAUGAAGAUAACUGAGUUACGCCUAGCAAAACUCUUCUCAGCUAAACCAAUUGUUGCUUCCACGGAUACUGCACAUGGUGCAAAGAAAGCAGAAGAAGAUCGUGUGAAUAUCCUUGGAGGACACUUAAUCCCUGCUUCUGAAUCUUCAGCAGGAAAAACAUCCCAAAUCCCAAGUCGAACCCGGCCACCUAUCACAACCCAUGUCUUGGAUGUUUUUCGGGGGUCUCCAGCUGCUGGUGUGGAGGUGCUUUUAGAGAUAUGGAAAGGCACACAACCACAACCCUUGUUUGGAGAUACAGAUAGAAGUAGGUGGGUAAUCCAAGGAUCAUCAACAACAGAUAAAGAUGGGCGAAGUGGUCCGCUGAUGAGCAUUCUUGAGGAUUUGAACCCAGGAUUUUACAGGAUAACAUUUAACACUGGUGCAUAUUUUCCUGAGGGAUUCUUUCCCUAUGUUUCCAUUGUGUUUGAGAUCAAAGAAUCACAGCGGCGAGAACAAUUUCAUGUUCCUCUACUGCUUUCACCAUUCUCGUUCACUACUUACCGUGGAAGCUAGAAUUAAUUGUUUUGGUAAGCAGUUGACUUAUGAAACUAUAAUUCUGGGAUUGGGAUUGUGUUGUAAUACAGCAUGCCAAGUUACUGUUUAUUUGUCCCGAAAAUAAACAAACAGAUAGACAUAUGAUGGUCAAAAUCAUUGAGUUAUUCCUUA